GCGGCGCAGGGAGGAGCUGCGGACGACCGAGGCGGCCUGGCGCCGCUGGGAGAAUCCGGCGCAGCGGCGAAGGGGCUGGCUGCCGCGGCGGCCAAUGCGAAACUGGCUGGUGCUGCUGUUCCCCUGUGCGGUCGGGGUCGCGCUGCACUUCUGGCUGCUGCUUAGUUGCCCUGGCGGCCCCGGGAGACACCCGGCAGGUCCACUGGCCUUCUUUCCUCUGUGGAAGCCAAAACACGAUGUUAUUGUGGGUGUGUUGUCAGCUCGACACAAUCACGAGCUGCGCAGCGUUAUAAGGAACACUUGGAUCAAGCACCUGAAACAGCAUCCUGCCCUGAGCCAACGUGUCCUUGUCAAGUUUAUAAUAGGUGCGCAUGGUUGUGCUGUGCCAGUGGAGGACAGAGAGGACCCCUACUCCUGCAAACUUCUGAACAUCAGUAACCCAGCUUUGAAUCAGGAAAUUGAAGCAUUCAGUCUCCCUGAAGAUGUACCUUUUGUGCUAUCUGAAGACAGAAUUGUCAGUGUGAAUUUCCGUGUACUUUACCCCAUUGUCAUUACCAGUCUUGGGGUAUUUUAUGAGGCUGAUGGAGUGGGAUUCCAGAGGAAUAUCACUGUGAAACUGUACCAGGCAGAACAUGAGGAAGCUCUCUUCAGUGCUCGCUUCAGUCCACCAAGCUGCGGAGUGCAAGUGAACAGAUUGUGGUACAAGCCAGUUGAGCAGUUCAUUUUGCCAGAGAGUUUUGAAGGUACCAUUGUGUGGGAAAGCCAGGAUCUUCAAGGUCUUGUUUCAAGAAACCUUCAUAAGGUGAUGGUGAAUGAUGGAGGAGGUGUUUUCAGAGUCAUUACACAGGCAGGAGAAGGGUCACUGCCACAUGAGCUCACAGAGGGUGUGGAGGGAAUAGCAGGUGGUUUUAUCUACACUAUUCAAGAAGGUGAUGCUCUUUUAAAAAGCCUCCAUACUCGUGCAGAAAGGUUUGCAAGUCACAUGAAAAAGCUGGAAGAAGAAGAUGCUUUAUUGAAGGAAGAAAGCAGUACCUAUGAUGAUAUUGUUUUUGUGGAUGUUAUCGACACGUACAGAAAUGUUCCAGCCAAACUGCUGAACUUCUACCGAUGGACAGUUGAAUCAACAAGUUUUGAUUUGUUGCUGAAGACAGAUGAUGACUGUUACAUUGAUUUGGAGGCUGUUUUUAACAGGAUAAUGCAGAAAAAAUUGGACAGACCAAACAUUUGGUGGGGAAAUUUCAGAUUAAAUUGGGCAGUUGAUCGAACUGGGAAAUGGCAAGAACUGGAGUAUCCAAGCCCUGCUUAUCCAGCCUUUGCUUGUGGGUCUGGCUAUGUCAUCGCUAAAGACAUUGUUCAGUGGCUGGCAAGCAACUCUGAAAGACUGAAGACAUAUCAGGGUGAAGAUGUUAGUAUGGGCAUCUGGAUGGCAGCUGUGGGGCCCAAGCGAUAUCAAGACAGCCUCUGGUUGUGUGAGAAGACAUGCGAGAGUGGUAUGCUGUCUUCUCCCCAGUACUCCCCAGAGGAACUGAGAGAGCUAUGGAGGUUAAAGGAACUGUGUGGAGAUCCUUGUAAAUGCGAGGAGAGAUGACAGACUUGCCUUUGAAAACACAACAGUGUAUGCUGAGCGUGGAAAAGUGCACAUCUGGAUUCAUUCUUGGAAGAAGGAGGAAUAUUAAGGUACCUUUUAAAUGUUGGGUUUCAACUAAGGUAUAACAAUAUUUGCACAUCCCUUUUGAUAAUUACAAGUGGACUGAUAAUAUUCAUUUUCUAUAGUAUAGAUGUUGAGCUGACAAACCCCAAAAUGUUUAAGAUAAAAUACUUCCUUUUUCUAUAAAGUCAAAGACCUACCUGUAAUGAAUAAAUGCAGAUAAGUAUGCCAACUAGCCUGUCUUUUGUAAAGUACUACUGAUUUAACUCAGUGGAGAGCUGUUUUGGCACCAGGGCAUCUCUAAGUCCUGCUGCAGAGGCAGGUUCUGUGCUGAGGGGCUCCCUCAUCUGCAUGGUCUGAGACAGCCAGGGGUUAGGAUUUAUGGUUAGUUUAUACCAUUGAUACUGUUUUAUCUAAAAUGACAAAGUUUGCUUAUACCAAAUCUUGAAGUACUGCAAACCUGGCCUGAUUAGGAGAGAUUUCUAAUAGAUCAAUGUGUUACUAGAUAGGAAUCUGAGGAUACACACGUGAGAGUAAAAAAAGUUUGAGGAACAGCACACUGAAGAAUGUAAGAUAAACAGCAGUGCUUUGCAGUAAGUAUGCUGAGAACUUAUUUAUAACAUGGUAUGUUAAUGCUGUAGAUUAAAGGUCUGUCAAGAAUUUGACCUUAAAUAGUCUAAGGCUAUGUAGGUACUUCCACCGUUACUGCUGCUUGACUUUUGGUUUAAGGUCUUUGGAAGUAGGUGAAAACAAAGAGCAAGUGAACAAGUAGCCUCUUUCAGUGCAGCACUAAUUUUGUCCCUUUAAAGUGAAGUGAUCACAUACUCAGUUCAGUUGAAACAUUCUCACUACUGCUGGGGCAGGGUAAUACAAAAUCUUGACAAAAGCAUUACCUUGAGUUUUAUUUAACUGCACUAUUUGGUGUCUCUCCGAUAAGACAGUCAGAAGCAAAUGAUUUCAUGGAAACUGACAGUUAAGUUUAGGAGGUGGAAGCAUUGUGCAGCCAUCUGGUGGCACACGAGAAAUUGCUGUGCUCCUGUGUGCGUGUUCAGGCGCUGGCUGUCUGCACUGCCCGACUUCUGCACAGCCACUGUUGACUUUUCUCUCACUAUCAGGAGAGUCCUUUCUUACCACCGUACUAAGACGCAGUCUCCGUUUUCUAUAGAGUAAAACUGCAAAGGCUUUAAGUCAUUGUCUAGUUCCACUUCUUUUCCUUCCAGCUGGAAUAGGAAAGGAAAAACACCUGAUUAGAUUUAAACUGAAAUCUGUCCAUGUAAAUCAAAUAGAAAUCGGGCAGUUGCAGUCAGCAGGGAGGAUCUGUCAUAUUACAGGGAUGAAAUUAGCUCCUAAAUUACAGCAUGAAGACUGCACUCCUUAAGUGAAAUCAAACUGGUGAGGUAGUAUUUCAGAAUAUGCUAUUGACCUUUAGCAGCAUGCAGCAUUUGUUGAAUUACCAAUUUUUAACUCACUUUAGAACUUUUGUAGGAGAGUUUCAGUUCCGAACCAGGAAUUUUAAGAAGGCGAUAGAGCAAUCCUUUGACUCUCUGAACAGUCAUGGACUCUGCCAGGGACAAAGAAAGAAAAGGUGUUAGCAAAAAAUGCUGCUACCACUGAGCUGUACCAGAGUACCAGUGUUUCAACCGUACUUGCUUAUAGCAACAGUGAAAGGCUGUAUUGCUGCUUCAGUCCUAACACUGCAAUAAUACCUUUUGUAACUGAAACCAUAACUGCUAAUGGUUUCAUCUCUGGUGGACAGGACAUGCUACUACCAUGUAAGCACUUUGAUCCCAUAUACCAAAUCGAAGUGUUAUGGCUUCAUAAUUUAUCUUUUUGGAGUUUGUAUUUAUUACAUGCUAAACUAAGUGAGCUUUGGGACACAUACUGGUCAGGUUCUGGCAACUGGCCUUUGAAAUUCAUUACCAGGAAUUGGCUUUCCCAGCACAAAUAAAUGAUUGUCUCCAUGGAACCAGUGCUGUUCUCAGAAAUGGUAUUACAUUAAUUAGUCCCAGCAGAGUCAGAAAGUGGUUUGUGUUAUGAAGUCAGUUACACAAAGGGGUAAUUUUAGUAAUGGAUCUUGAAUGACUAAAUACAGCUUGUUCCAGAGGUGAUACCUGUGUUUGCAAUAGCUAUACUCAAUAUUUUGGUUGAACUGUCACUUCUUUUGAAGCUUUACCUAAAGGCACAGCAAUAGUGAGUUAUUCCUGUAAUACCACACAUUGUACUUAGACAAAUAUUUUUCUAUCAAACAUUUUUGUAAAAGCUGUACCUGAUUUUAUGCAACUUGUGAUAAUAAAUGUGAUUUUUAUUUUACAGUAAA